CUCACAACUGGACCAACCUCAAUUUUAGGGGUUGAAAUUUCCUUCCAAACUUCUCCCUUUAUGCAAUGCAUUUGACGAGACAGGAACAAUCUGUUUUGUAAUUGUUCAUCUAUUAAGGAGGUGGAGGCACUAUUCUUCAAUUGGAGGAAGGACUUACCUCUUUCAAAUAAGUCUAAUGCGAUGGAAGUAAUUGUAUGGAUGACUAAUGAUCACAAAAGGGAAGCAUAUGCAUUUGGGUAACAAAGGAUAAACUUAGCAUUUUGCUAGUUCGAGCAAAGUAUUGACGUUAAAAAGAAGAAGAAGAAAGACUUGAGAAUUGUGAGUUCGGGUGUGAAGAUAUCCUCGUCGUCAUUAUUCAACUACGCACCAGCAUCUCCGAUUCAUUUGGAGAGCUCUUUCGUCCCAAAUCAGAUUUCGAUCAUCGUCAAGAAAACGCUACUGUAAUCUGAAAAAACCCUCAAGAUUUUCUUGGCUACUAAUCUUCUACCCUCGAUCCCUGCUCCGAUUCGUAACACCUGACGCAAUUCGAUCGAUCUUUUCAAGAAAAUAUAGGCUUCCCAAUUCCCAUCAGUCGAAUUGUCAUGGAAUGUACAUAGCGUGGCUUUCAGUUUCUUUCAGGCAUAUCAUCGAACAUUUGGUGUGCUUUCGGACAGAGUAAAUUGUUAGAUCGUGACUAAAUUGGAGUAAUGUCGCUCCCGUUAAUGAAGCUUGGGACGCUUGCACUAAGAACCCUAAGCAAACCCAUUGCCAGUAGACUUAAAAAAGAAGCUGCCAUUAACCCCAAAUUUCGAACCUCCAUUAUCGGCAUUGCUCAGGCAAAUCAUAGGCUCACAACAACGUUACAAAGGAGAAUAUAUGGACAUGCAACGGAUGUUGAGAUUAGACCUUUGAAUGAAGAAAGAGCUGUUCAAGUAGCUGGGGACCUUAUUGGAGAGCUUUUUGUUUUCACGGUUGCUUGUGGUGCCUUGAUUUUUGAGGUGCAAAGAAGUGCUAGAUCAGAAGCUAAAAGAGAAGAAAUUCGUAAGCAAGAAAUAGAGAUUAUGAGGCAACGAGAUGAAGAUAUAGCAAAACAAAUGGAGUUUCUUAUGAAGAAGCUCGAAGAACUUGAAAAAGCCAUUAAAGGAAAAACAUUGACUAGUAGUCAAACCAACUAUGUCAAGUGAAGGAAAUCAUUCUCUUGAUUUUUGUUUUUCUAAGUUCUAACCAUUGAUUUGGCUACAAAAUAAUUAAAUUAUAUUUGAUUCUUGAUUGAUGUGUAUUCGACAAAACUCUUUACAUCUUAUAAAAAAAAGGUUGUUUUGAUAACACAAAUAUAGACCAAGAACAAUUUACACGACGAUUUGUACUAGUUUUGUUUUUGGAACAGAUAAUGUAGCUCAUUUUUGCAUU